GUGACAGGUGACUGUCCUGCUCAUACGCCCACGAGUGGAGUUCCACGAAUUGGGUGAUGUCGCCCCAUGGACGAUCACUUGCCCUCUUCCUCUCAACCCAUACAUCGCGAGGACGUCCAUCCUCGACACGACGAGAUCAACACUACGCAAGGAACAUCUCGACCCACAGUCGACCUUUAAACGUACGUCUAGUAUGGCGUCUCCUACUAACUCAGUUUCUGACCUCCUGGCCACCAACUCUGGCAGUGCCUCCAGGACGGGCGCAGGAAGCAGUGGCAACGAUACCCUGGACGCAUCGACAUUCAUCGACCCGUUCUCAGAAUCCAAUCCCUUUGCGGACGACUUGCUUGAGCCUGUUAUCUCUCCACUUGCAAAACCGUCUCCGUCCAUCAACUUCAACGAGUAUUAUCCACAGCCAACCACCGGUAGCAUGGAUGACAAUGAAGGCGAUGAUGAUGAUGACGACCACCACCACACGGGCAGUCCGUCGUUGUUUUAUGGUACUAGUACGCUUCAGACAUCCUUUUCAGCCCUGAAUAUGGCUGGUCAUGAGGAUUCUAUCACGGUAGAGAGUCCAUAUGAGGAGCAACACGACCAACACGACUCGGAUGGUGGACGGCUACAUACAGGAGGAGGAAACGGGCAUCAGAGGUGGGACAGCGUUGACUCGAAUCCCCGGUACGACAGCGAUGAACAGGCUGCAGCCAGACCCGAGGGACGUGUUGGGCAGUACCGUCCUGAAUCGACGCGGUCUCUUGGAUCUCAGGCAAGUGGAUACCUCUAUCCUUCGCUAUGCGGCGGUCUAAUGGGUCAGUUCCAUCGAGAGUAUUUUUUUUUAAAUUAAUACUGUCUUACCUCUUCAUUGUGUAGAUGUCAUUCAGACUGCCUGAGAAUGGUGUACUGCCCUGGUUUGAAAUCACGGUUGGCGAGCCUCAAAAAGUUGGGGACGUAAUCAAUCCCCACAUCGUUUACAAAGUUCAUAUCAGGGUAAAAAAGAAAAAGACUAUGAGGCCAUUACAUUCUGAUAAAAGAAGAUAGUAGACGCAAACGACCGUCAUGGUAUCUAAUCUAUUUUUUGGUCAAUGCUAGACUAAUUCGACAGCCUUCAAGUCGAACGACUUCACGGUACAGAGGAGGUACAGGGACUUUUUGUGGCUCUAUAACCAACUCACAGC